AUGUGGCUUUCUGUGAAUGAAAUGAAAAGCUGCCAAAAGAAAUCUACUCAAGGAGUUCAUAUGAGUAAUUUGCAAAAGUCAUCCGGGAAGGCGCUGUUUAACCUGAGUUGCAGCCAUCUAAACCUUGCUGAAAAGGAAUAUUUUGGACUAGAAUUCUGUAGCCAUUCUGGAAAUAAUGUCUGGUUGGAACUUCUGAAGCCUAUUACAAAACAAGUAAAAAAUCCUAAGGAGGUUGUUUUCAAAUUUAUGGUGAAAUUUUUCCCAGUGGACCCUGGACAUCUACAAGAAGAGCUUACAAGGUAUCUUUUUACUCUUCAAAUAAAGAAGGAUUUGGCUCUAGGAAGGCUUCCAUGCAGUGACAACUGUACAGCGUUGAUGGUAUCUCACAUCUUACAAUCAGAAUUGGGAGACUUUCAUGAAGAAACAGAUAGGAAACAUCUGUCACAAACCCGGUACUUACCGAACCAAGACUGUUUAGAGAGCAAGAUCGUGCACUUUCAUCAGAAGCACAUUGGCAGGAGCCCAGCUGAAUCUGACAUUCUGCUACUGGACAUAGCAAGGAAGUUGGAUAUGUAUGGCAUCAGGCCUCACCCCGCCAGUGAUGGUGAAGGGAUGCAAAUCCACCUGGCUGUUGCUCACAUGGGAGUACUGGUGUUACGGGGAAAUACAAAGAUUAAUACUUUUAAUUGGGCUAAAAUCCGCAAGUUGAGUUUUAAGAGAAAGCAUUUUCUCAUCAAACUUCAUGCCAACAUCUUGGUGUUGUGUAAGGACACCUUGGAGUUCACCAUGGCCAGCCGAGAUGUCUGUAAGGCUUUCUGGAAGACUUGUGUGGAAUACCACGCUUUCUUCAGACUCUCUGAAGAGCCCAAAUCAAAGCCCAAAACCCUACUCUGCAGCAAAGGUUCCAGUUUCCGCUAUAGUGGAAGAACGCAAAGACAGCUUUUGGAAUAUGGGGGGAAAGGGAGGUUGAAGAGCUUGCCAUUUGAAAGGAAACAUUACCCAUCUCAGUACCAUGAACGACAGUGCAGGUCCUCACCAGACCUCCUCUCUGAUGUCUCAAAACAAGUGGAAGAUUUGAGACUAGCACAUGGCAGUGGGUACUACCGAAAUGUGAAUGGAGUGCACGCAUCUGAGCCUGUGCUAGACAGUAGGAGGAGAAACUCUGCAGUAGAGGUGACAUUUGCAGCAGAGCUGGAGCGUUCCAAACCAGAGGCAGAUCCCACAUUGUUACAUCAAUCGCAAAGCAGUUCCUCUUUCUCUUUUUUUUAUACUGAUCCUGUCUUUAACACUAACCAUGAUCCUGACACUGAUUCUAGAGACUACUUUGAGGAAAGAAGUCCUCUAAGCUCCUUCCGAACAAGCUGUAAGUUUGCUGACAAUCACAUGAACACAUCUUCUGGCCUUGCAAGCAAAGUGAGUCCAGCAAAGAGGCUAACAUACACAGAUGUGCCGUAUAUUCCUUGUACUGGUCAGCAGGUUGAUAUUAUGCCUCCCCAAGUCUUUUUUUAUAUGGACAAACCACCCCAGGUGCCCAGACGGUCUCCAAUUAUGGUAGAGGAAAGGGAAAGGCUAGACAGCUGUCUAGAACCCACUGCAAUGAAGCCAGUCAAGAGAAGCCCAAGGAAUAUCAGAAUGAAGAGCUUUCAGCAAGACUUUCAAGGACUCAAAGAAGCUAGGGAUAGGACAAGUGGUAGGAGCAACAUCAACGUAGAUCUAGAAGACCCAGAUUUAGAAGAUGCAUUUGUAUGUAAUAUUCAAGAGCAACCCCCUAAACGCUCCCACAGCCAAUCAGACAUGAAAACUAUCCGUUUUCCUUUUGGGUCAGAAUUUAGACCUUUAGGGCCUUGUCCUGCGCUGAGUCGUAAAGCUGACCUAUUUACUCAUAUGUUUGCAGAGCAGGAGUUUCCAACAGUUCUAAUGGAUCAGGGAGCAGCAGAAAGGUAUGUAGCUAAUGAAUCCAGUGAUUCUGAAUCAGAGAUUCUUAAACCAGACUGUUACUCUUUGUAUGGUAAAGGAAUGAGGUCACCCAUGGCCAGAAUUCGCUUGUCUUCUGGUAGUCUACAGCUAGAUGAAGAAGAUGAAAAUGUAUCUUCCAAUACAACUGCUGAAGACAGGACUUUGUUAAAACCAAGUAAUUACUUUUUAGCUUAAAAGUGUAAACUCUGUGACCAUAUUUGGACCAGUUCUGUUACCAACUUAGGUAAAAAGAAGGAACCUUCUGCAUAAACCAUUUUCUUAGUUCCUAUUCAUUGGUAUUUAGGGAAUCUUCGAAGUUUAGACAUGUGGCUUAUGCAAGAUUCAACUGCUGCCUUGUUUAUCAACUUCUCUUCUAUUCCCGCUAAAAGAACUGUCGAACAUGCCCUCUCCUCAUUAGCACUGUGGUGAAGUGAGGUGGGUAUUUGUCAUCUCCAUGACACAUUUUCCCAUAGAGACAUUAUAAAUGAAGAUCAGACUCCUUAAUACUGAAGAAUGGUGACAGCAUGGGUUGGCAUAUAGAACUGGCUUCUUAUGUCAUUUAGUGAUUUAGUAGAUCGUGACUGUGUUAGUCAUUUUUGUUCUUAAAUAGUACUAUGACUAAAGGUUUCAGUCCUCAUUAUCUGUGUGGGGCCCAGUAAAAAUGGUCCUGUAACAUGUUAAGAAUUUCAAUUUUUAUAAGAUAUGUUAGGAGUAUCAUGGCCCUCCUGAAGCUCAGGAACAAGAUGUGCCAUAGAUUCUCUCAACAGCCACAAGUUUAUAAUUUAUCUAGGACUUGGCAGAAUUCUAAUCUUCAGAAAUGAAUGAAUUAAUGAAUUUCUAAAGCCAGAUAUAUGCCUGCUGAGGAUAUAAUAAUGUUUAACUUAUUACUUCUCUAUUCUUAACUAUCUAUUAUAUGUAGUGAAAGAGAAACGCUAACUGUUGGUUUGUUUAAUCUCCUGUAAAAUUUUUUUUGCUAUAUCUUGUUGCAUGUAUGCACGCAAGGAAAUGAGAUGAACAGUAUUUUAACAGAGUGACUAAAAUCCAUUUAUUAAAAAUGCUAUAAGUAUUAUGUUCGUUUCGUUUUAAUAAAUUUCAGGAGUGAUUGGUUUGAGCCUGUUACUAAGGAAAAGGACUGAAGAAGUGAAAGGAGGGAGGCCGGUGAAAAUGUAUAGUCAUGGAUAAAGAAGUGGUAGAAUUAGGAUAGCUGAAA